CUAAAUCUACAGAUAUAUCAUGUCGACUUCAGUCGUCCAGCUCAAGCUGCCACUAUCUCUUUAAUAUCUAUACAGCGUACAAAAUAUUUAAUUCUUACUCUGUCGCUUUAUUUUCCGAGUUUCUCCUCGCAACAAUUUUCUUUAUGUGGCGCUGCGGAGACUAGCAUCGUACGACAUGGAUCAAACUGCCCCUCCACCAUACAGCGAAAGAGAUGCCUUCUCGAAUCCCAAUACCACGACACGUACACUGUUCACGACAGACGCAGAUAAUGCCUCUAGGCUGCCUCGAAGAAUACGAUCUGAUACAUCAUCGAAUGAAGGUUCAUUAAUAUAUACUCCUCCCUACUCGCCAACAGAGCCUGAUCCUCGACGUAAGCAUAACACAAUUAGUUCCUUGAAAUGAAAACCUGCACAUUUUGAACUUGGACUGCAUGUUCCAUUGACCGAACCAAGGUCGCUCAUUGCAGGAGAUUUAAUGCCAUCAAGACAUCAACUAACCCUUCACCAUUCUAGGCUCAGACAAUCACUUCGAAUACCAUUCUGCUCAUAAUUACUUUGAGUCACGGAAGAUACCACAGCUAUUUUCAGCUUCAAGUACCACUCAGCAUACUAUAUAUAUAUCACCUAGAAGUACACCAAGUGAUGUCCCGAUUCCACCUUCCGCGUCAGACAACGGGAUCACGCAACAAGAUUGGUCGACCUUCCUAAAUUACUUACUACCUGAUCAUACCCUUAAUGCCAAUAACCAUGUAGCCAAUCGUAAGCUAAAAGCGAAGCUGGUCGACGAGCGGAUGCAAAGGCUUACGCUCAAUGAGGGUGAUCGUCCCAGACUUGACAUCAAUGAAGUUCAAGCGCAGCUUAGUCCUCCACGUCGACCCAACACCUCGUCUGAUACAGACUGGGCAGAAGGAGUAGACGAAGUGAUCAAACUUUGGAACGAGGGGUUCUUUGUUCCUCGUGGAUUAAAGAUCGUUCGCAUUGAUGUAGAGCACCCUGAGCUUCAUGAGCGAUGGACCCGUAUGCCUGGUUUUUGGAGACCCGAUGAAGAGGAUCUUUCGCACUUCCCCGAAAGCAAUAGAAGACGUGGAGGCAUUUCUAGACGUCAUUCCCCAUGCAAUGGACAACCUCAAACACCUACAAUCGGUUCUAUGGUUGCAAAUGACGGAGAGUUCAAAAUUAGAAGGAAUGGUCUCGUUCCCGACUCCAACGGUUUGCGUGUCGGUAACAUGUUCAUAGCAGAUGAUGAUGGUUUACGAAUAGACGGGAAUCGAGGGCUCAAAGUCAACGAACAUGGAGCUAGUAUCAGUGGUCAUAGCUCUGGAAGAAGGAGAAGGGGCGGGCUACAUGCGCAGGGAGCUGAGCAAGGAUCGGCACAUGAGCCAGAAGGGCGGCAUGGGAAAAGAAGGAGGGGAAGAACCGAUCUGCAUACACAUGAGUCUGACCGAGGACGGGCACACAAACCGGGAGAGUGGCACUCUGGGCGAUCUGGAAGAAGAAGAAGAGAUCAUUCUUCCUCCUCUUAUUCUUCCUCAUCUAGUUCCUUUAGCUCUGACUCUGACGCAUCGGUUGGUUCCCUACCUGACUACGAUCAUCUCAAAGACCAACAACUAGUAGCCGCCAGAGAUACAAUAAUUACGUGGCUCAAUCACUCUGAACAUCCCAUGACGAGACAGACGGUUCGGAAAAUGAAACAAGAUAUCAAAUUCGCGAAGAAGAAUCCCGAAGGAAAACCCAGCUCUCAUGAAGAUCUCGCUUCCCUACGAAGAGAAGUCAAAGAUCUGCUUAAAAAGUUCAAAGACGUGAAGAAAUCUCAAAAAACAUUUAGGAAAAUCAUGAGAAAAGAACAGCGAAGACUCGAGAAAGCGCAUAAGAAAGAACGAAAGAACAUGGGGAAAGCGAAACGGAAGGCUGUGAAAAGAGAUAAAAAUUUGAAGGGAGAAGAAUUCCCAGCUGAAUUUCCAGCUCUUAUACCUAUGCCACACCAUCUCGGCUUUCCCGAGUUGUCAAAAGUGCGGCUUUCACCGCUUUCAAAUAUGCCCAGCCCUUCAUUUUACACACGGUCUUUUGAAUCACAUAAUUCUAGCUUUACAUCUUUGCACGAAACUUUGCAUUUCUUACCCUCUCUUCAUCCCCAAGCUCAAGUGCCCACGCAGGAUCAGCUGCAUAAUCCUCAAAUAUCCGCUCGUCUUACCUCUUUCCUAUCUCAAACCGCAUCGGUGAUCCAUAGCCAAGCUUCCUCUCUCCUAGCUAGAGCCCGAGCCAAAGAAGUGGAAGCAAGGACUCUCAAAAACUCUUCAGAUAUUGAUGGUAAUAAUGUGUAUGCCAGUCAAAAUAGGAGUAACAGGGAAAAGAGACAAGAAGUAGAAAGACUUCUAGAAGAGGCGGAGGAAUUGAGAAUGGAAGGAGAGAGAUUAAGGGCGGAGGCCGUGCAGAUGGACGAGGAGUUUGCAAGGGAGAUACAGGAGCGCGAAUUUGGGCGCAGGCGAGGUUAGGUCGAGGGGAUCGUGGAGAGAUGGAUUUGGAUGGGUGUACUAAUUAACUAAUGACCGGUCUCAUUUCAAUGUCGUCUAAGCUUGCUUUUACUUAUAUAUCUAAUUUGCGCCGAACAUAAUAUUAUGGGGGUUAUUUCCAUAGGUUAGACAGACGCAUGCACUUUAAUUACUUCUUAAAUCCAAAAUAAAACAACUAUUAAUGAAAUGACACCUGAAGUCU